UCGCACCCCAUCUCGCCGUCGCAAACCUCUUGUGUCACCAGCAACAUCACUUUUUUGUAAUAAAGGCACAGGCUCCGUCUCCAGAGAGGUGAUUAUGUCCUCUGACCUUCUACCCGAUGCGGCCCUCUUCCUUGCGGCCCUCUUCACAUCCUACCUUGCCACGUCGCCACCUCACAAAUCGACGGAAAAAGCACGGAAAGCGGCUGGAGAGAAAGGCGACUGGGUCAGACGCAUUGGACUCUUGAGAGCUACCGUCAUAUUUCAGUGGGCCCUAUUCAGCUGGGCACUUUUCCAGCUUCGAAUCAUGUUUGACCCGACCCAGGAGGCGAAGCUAAACGACUGGAUCUCGCGAGGCUCGAGAUCCAGCUUCCGGCUCGGGUGUCUCGCCAUGCUAGCGGGUGGUAGCCUUCGUCUGUACUGCUAUCACACGCUAGGACACUUCUUUACCUUUGAAUUGGCAGUCCAGGUCGAUCAGAAGGUGAUUCAAACCGGUCCUUACGCGUACGUGCGACAUCCAUCGUACACGGGCAUUCUGCUCGUUGCGCUCGGUGUCGCGAUCGCCAUGGGACCCUAUGCUCCUGCUCUGUCUGGUCAAUACCGUCAGCCGAUGCUCUACCUCAUGUGUUUGGCGUUGGUGCUGGCCAUAAGCGCCGCUGUCCUCCGCAUCAACGAUGAGGAAAGGAUGCUAAAGAAGGAGCUCAAGGAGCCAUACGAGGACUACUGUCGCAAGGUGUCUUGCAGGCUUAUUCCCCUACUCCUGUAGCUGGCGCUCAAGCCAGCCGCAGGCGCUGCACCGGCUCCUUGGUUCCUCGUCUAUGAGCUAUACGGACAGAAGGAGAGAAAGCUAUCGGCCGAAAAGCAGUAGACGGAUGCGCGCAAUUGAGAAAGUACAGUAUACAUUACAGCGCCA